AUGCCACCGCAGCGGGUGCUUACUAGAUGCGUUGCGUUGAUCGCGACCGCCGACGCUCUCGCAGCGCCGCGGAGCUACCUGCGCAACGAGCUCUCGCAACCGGCCGCUUCCCUCCCGCAGGCCGUGCAGACGCAGGUCUGCUACCUCGCCGGGUUCCACGAUGAGCCCAAGGCGAAGUGGGUCGCGGCCUUUGGCGAGCCGUCCGUCACGCUCGACGUCGAGCGCGUCUCGGACAAAUCCGUCCAGCCGCGGUACCACGGCCUCGACGCGUUCUGCGAGGAGAGCGGGACGCCGGACGCCGUGGACUACUUCAGCGCGAUGAUCCGCGCGGCGACCGUGCGCUACUCCGUGCGCUACGAGGUCGGCACCGUCGACGACGGCCGCGGGAGCGCCGCGGCGGCGGCGCCCGAGGGCCUCGCGGGGGCGACGUCCGGCGCCGCGGACCUGCUCGGCUCGGCGUGCCAGUUCCCGGACGCGAGCCUCGCGCCCAAGUACACGGCCUCGAAGGCCGCGGGCGGCUCGUCGGCGCCGUCCUGGAUGGCCGGCGGCGUCGGCGCGGCGGCCGCGAGCCGGCGGCGGAACCCGUUCCUGCGGCGCGAGCGGACCGCGCCCGCGUGGCGCGCGGCCUGCGACGCGUCGGGCGUCGCGUCCUACGCCGACUUUGGCGUCCGACUCGGCGCCUCGGCGGCCGGGGCGCCCGCCGGCCGCCGCGUGGCGGCCCCGACGGCCGCCGCGUGGCGCGCGGCCUGCGACGCGUCGGGCGUCGCGUCCUACGCGGACUUUGGCAUCAAGCUCGCCGCCGCCGGCGUCGCCGGCCCCUUGGCCUCCAACCCCGCGGCCGCGUGCCGGCGGCGGAACCCGUUCCUCAAGCGCGAGAAGAAGUACGUCGAGUACGACGAGACCAUCGAGCCCAAGCAGAUGGCGCAGCUCAUCAUGCGGACGCGCGAGCAGCUCGCGGCGGAGAUCUCCUACGACCUGCGCGCGCUCGUGCCCGACGCGUCGCCCGCGAGCGUCGCGAACAUGGCCGCGCGGCCCGCGGCGUCGAUGUACGACCACUCGCCGCUCCGCCGCGCGUCCUUCGACCUGUGCGAGCGCCUCGCGACGCGGACGGCGGCGCUCAUCGCGAUCCAGGAGGUGCCGGCGGCCUGGGCCCGCUACCUCAAGACGCGCCUCGCGCCCGACGACGUCGACCGGCGACCGCGCGCCGCGGCGCCGCCGGCCGGCGACGACGGCGGCGCGCUCGCGCGCGAGCUCGCGGACCGCGUCUGCGAGCUGCAGCAGUACCGCGACGCGCUCGGCGACCACUGCGCGGACACGGGCAAGGCCGCGGCCUGGCUCCAGGACCUGCUGGACACGCCGGCCUUCGAGAGCGCGAGCGGCUCGGCCAUCGACCCGCCGGCGAUCGCGAACAACAUCCUCCGCAUCCGCGGCGAGCUCGCGGCGGCCUGGGCCGAGGCCAUCGUCGACGACGUCAAGGGGGAGCACGCGGUGCUCCGCCGGGAGAUCCUCGAGCGCUCACUCGUCGCCGAGUGA